AUGGACGCAGUAGAAUUAAAGUAAAAGAAAAAGGGAGGUAAAGAUAAGUCAGCUCUUUCUAAGCAAGGUUAGAGCACAGGUUUAUUAUCUCAUGUAAAUGAAAAUGUUAACAUGUUUUCACAAUUAUCAGCCAUGUUUUUAGCAAACAAGGCUGAGAAAUCAGACUAAGUAAAGAAGUUUUUAGAUAAGACAGAAGACAAACAAGUUUUUUAAUAGCAUUCUUACGAUCCUGAAAUAUAAUAAUGUCUAAGUCAAUUAAACAAAAAGAGUUAAAUUACAAAGCUAAAAGCUUUAAACACUCUCAAGGAACUUCUUUAGAAGUAACCUGAAGAGUUCUUUGAACAAUUCAUUUCUACAUGGACUUAUUUGUACAAGUAGUUUGUCAAUUCAGAAUAUGAUAGAAAAGUUUUUGAAGAAAGCAAUAAUGUUUUAAUUAUUAUCAUUUCUAAAAACCGUAAAUGUUUGCAAGCCUAGUUUAAGGAACUCUUUCCUUAUUGGUUUAUAUAAAUGAAUGAUCCAUCUGCUGAUGUCUCAUAAAUUGCUAAUCAAGCUUUCGACAAGAUGUUCCCUAAAGAAAAAUAGGCCUAAGCGUUUAAUUUAUGCAUGGAAAAGUACAUUCUUAACUUAAAAUAUUACCUCAGUAUAACGUAAAAGUAGAUUGAAAGCGAAAAUAAUAAUUUAAGUGAGCAUGAAUCAUAGGAAAUAUAUGAUAGAUUAGUUGUUUCCUCUCUUAAUUCUAUAGCAAGAGCAAUUUAGCUUAAUAAGGAUAGCAAAGAUCCAAAUAUUUUUAUUAGCUAAUUGGAAGAAGAACUAUUUGCACAGGGGAAAAAAAGCAUACUCAUAGAACUACUUUCUAAAAAGAGAAUUAAAGUGCGUGCAGCUGUUAUUGAAGUUUUAUAGGUUCUUAUGAACACCAUUUCAUAAGAAGUUUUAGAAUAAAAUAUUGAAGUUAUAGCAAAAAAUAUAAUGCCACUUAUUGAUGAUAAAGAAAGGUAAAUUUAGUAUUCUUUGUGGAAAGGAUGUCUUUUAACUGUUUUGGAUAAAGCUCCUGUUGCAAUAAUUGCUAAGUGUGACCUUAAAAUGAUUGAAGUCAAAUCACUUGAAGUUCUUAAAAAAGCUGCUUCAGGUAUCGGAAAGCAAUUUUACUAAAACAUCAUUAUCUUUUUAAGUAAACUACCUAUGGCUGCAUUCACUUCCAUUUUAAACAAAGAGAGUGUUUAAUAACAGAACAAGUUUAAUCCUGAAGAAUAUAUUAAGGAAAGAUUCUCAUUUAUCAAAAAGUUCUUUGAGUCUAUUCUUGCAGGUUUUACUCAUGACGAAAUUAAAUUUUUCGGAGAUUAGCUUGUUUAGUCAUACUUUGAAUGUAUUUAUUUCAUUGUUCUCAAAAGAAUUUCUGUUGUUUUAGAUAAAGAAGAAGUAAAAUCCCUUAAAAAUGUUUAGAAAUAAGCUCGUAACUUAAUAAGAGAUUUGAUUUGCAAUAUAUUAAAUAUCUAUUUAGAAUAAAAUAUUGCUGAUAAUGUAAUGAAUCCCUAUAAAUAAAUCCCUAACUCAUUGGGUUAACUAAUUAACAAUUUCAACACUGAAUCAAUCAAUUCUAACGAAACAGAUCUUUUUGAUGAAUUUGUUUAUGAGUUUUCAUCUAUUUUUAGUAAGACAGCUAAGAAAGACACUACUAAAUACAAUAAUUACAUACUUUUAUUAUAGAGCAUUGCAAAUUUAGUCAACAAGAAUAGUGUUUUGUUUAAUAAAUUAGAUUCAGCUGUUCAAAAGAUGCAUGAAGAUCUCCUUAAUGAUCUAAAAGGUCAAAUUCAACCUUUAAUGAAUGAUUCUCAUAUUGAAAAAAUUCUGCCUAUUUGCACUUAAUACAAGCUAUAUGCAAAUUUAUUCAAUUCCAGCUAAUAAAAAUCCCAAAAAAAGCAAGAAUAAGAAUAAGAAGAAGAAUAAAAAUCACCCGAAAUAUAAUUAGGAGUUUUCUCAAACUUAGUUACUUAACAAACAGUAGCUUCUUUAGAAACAAUUAAUUUUUCAGUUUAAUCAAUUAUUUAAAAUAUUAAAACAAUAACAAAUCCUACUUCUCUUGAAAAGUUUACAACUUUUAUUUCUUAAAUUUAUUAUUCUUGGUCUGAAUCACUAGAUGAGCAACAUCCUUAAUAUAGCUCAUUUUAGCAAAUCCUAAAAGAUAUUUAGAAUCACAUUAAAAUGUUGAAUCAAGUAGAUCCUAAAGCCCUCCUUCACUUAUAAUUUAUACUUCAUUUUGCUCUUCCUGAAACAAGUCCUACUUACUUCUCCUAAUUUUGCACUCAUGUAAAUAAAAUAAAACCAAUAGACGACAUAUUGAUACUAAGGAAUCUUAGCGCCUUGGAGUCUGCUUAAUCUCAAAAAAAUAGAGUUCACAUGUGCACACGCCUAUAAAAUAACCAAGAAUAUUAGACCCUUGCUUUUGGAAUUUUAUCUCAUAUUUUUGGAAAAAUGGAUAGAUAUUUAGGUGUUAGUUUACCUUUAUUAGUUAUCAUUUUUAAAAAUUACUUAAACAGAGAUAAUAAAAUUAAGUUGAUUAGCUAGAUUUAAGCCAACAUUUCCAAGAAGAGAGAAUCAAUCUUUAAUGGAGAAAUCUAAGAAAAAAAUACAAGCAGAGUAAUUGAUGAGCUUGAGCUAAAUUACUUAUUUUGCAUAUAAAUUUACAAAGACCUCCCAAAAGUGAUAGAUCAAAACUUUGAUCAUUUACAAUUUUUUAAUGAUUUCUUUAAAUUUAUUUAUUUCUGCUUUGAAAAGAAAUUAAAAUCUCGUAUUCAAUAAGCAUUUAAGAUAUUUAAAUACCUCAUAAAUGACUAAGCUGCAUUAACUAGGAUUAUAGAGAAUGCUACAUGCAUUUUUAAAUUUGAGCUGAAUACUAUCUUUAUUGAUAAAAAAUAAACCAAAUUCGAUACUCUUCUUAAGUUGAUAGUAGACACCUUCAGCUUCUUGAAAAGCCAUAAAAAGAAAGACGAAAUACUUUAACUCACUUCAACAAUCCUCGAGCCUCAAUAUUUUGAAAAUAUAAUAUUCGAACAAAGAAAUUGGAGAUUAUUAGAAGCUCUGUUCGAGUAAAUUACUGUAUCUAUUGACUUUAAUGCUUACAUUUAGAAACUAUUUGUCUCUUAAAAUGGAUUCUGGUUGAUUUCAAAUUUGAUUAGCAGUUAACAGAUAUUUGCUAUACUUAAUUCAAUUCAACUUAAAAAAUAUUUUAAGGACUUGGCAAAUAAUUUUAUCAAACCCCUCAUUCAUAAAUAAAUUGAAGAAGAGUUUGAAACAGCCCUCCAAUUCUUAAACUAUAUGAUGAAAUUGGCUAUAGAAAAGAGUUUAAUUUAUGGUAACUCAUUGAAGGCUUGCUUAAAAUAAAUCAUGAUUGAUGGAAUAGAGACUCAUAAACAAUAACAAAUAUUCAAUGAUAUAGUCAAAACAAAAUUAGAUUAACUUUUUGUAUUGGAAAAUAUUGAUCUGAUGGUUCGUGAAGGUAUUUUGAUCAAAAAUUUACUACCCCUAUUUUAAGAAUAGCUUGAAAAAGAUUCAGGUAGCAUCGAAGAUUUGUUACGUAAAAAGGUUAGCGAAGUUUGUAGAAUGAAUGCCUAAGAACUUACUGAUAACCAUAAGUUAUCCUCUUUAAUAUCUUUAGAUAUUUUGAUGGCUUCUUUCUACAAUGAUUUCUACACAACUGAAGGAUAAUAAAUUUAGCUUACAGAGUAUAUGCUAACUAAUUUCGAAAAAUUUGACUCUUAUAACAACUAUUAGAAUUAUUAUACAAGUGUAUUUUUCACUUUCAUUAAUGUUGUUAUAGAAAAAAUUGGAAUUGAGCCUUUUUCAACUAAUCUUAUUGCAAUAGAGAAUCAUUUCCGUAAAUCGAUUGAAUAUAAUGCUAAACCUAGAAAAUUAAGCUCUAAUGCCUUGAUUUCUCUCUUGGUAUUUUUGCGUAAAAUUGUCAACAUCAUUGAAGGAUUCAGUUCAGAUUUCAAAGAGUUUGUUAUCCAAAAUAUUAUGGACACAUGCUUAAUUAAACUGACUGAAUUUGAAUAAGACUAAAGCUAAAGGAAUAACAUAGAUAAUAAUUUGAUUAUAGAUGAAUCUAAUGAUGUUGUGAUUAUUGAAUUUGCAGAAACAAUAAGCAGAUUUGUCACAAUAUUAAAUGAAUAUUUUGAUGAAAACUUAUCAUAUGAGUUACUCAACUGUAGAUAUCCUUCUAUAUAAAAGAGUAGUUUCAUACUAUUAAAACAAUUCUAUCAAGCUUUCUCACCAAAGGUAGAUCUUACAUUAAAGUGCUAAGCCUCGGAUGAAGAUUUUGAAGAUAAGCUAUUGCAAAACAUUUAUGAUUAAAAAAUGAAUGUUGAAAAUCUGUUAAAAUAUUUAGAUGUUACAAAUGUUAUCCUUACUGAAGAAGAAAAGCAAAAGCAUAUUGCUUAAAUUAAGAAAUAAUAAGGUAUAUAGAGUGAUGAUGAAGUUGAAUUGUAAAAAGAAGAGAAAAAAACAAAUCAAGAUAACAAUUCCACAAAUCCCUAGAGCGAAGAAACAGAUAAUAUUAAUUAUUUAAAUCCUUUUGAAGAAAAAGAAGGUAAAGAUGCUGAUGAGGAUGAUGAAGAUGAAAGUGAAAAUUAAGACAUUAUAGACCCUAAGACUUAUGGUCAUUUGCUAACUUGGAUAUCCUUUGUUAACAAGCUUAACUCCCCUGAAACAGACGAAAACCAUGAAUUAGUUAAAAAAGCUUUAAAAAUCUACCUAGAUGAAAAUAAGUUCAUUUACAAGAACUUUUUAACUGUCUUAUUCUAAUGGAUUGAAUAUUUAGAAAUCCCCGAAUCUUAAUAUAAAGAUACCAUUAGCAUUGAAGAUGUUUAGAAUGUAAAUCCUGAAUGGUCUGAUUUCUUGUCCAAAGAAAGCUUGUUUUAACUAUUGGUCUAAUCUUUAUAUAUUUUCUCAUCUAAAUUCCCCUUCUUUUUACGUAACUGGUUGGAAAAUACAGCAGAAAAAAGAUUCAUUAAGGUUGCUGAAAGCUUAAUCAAGAGCUUUAUCAGCAAUGCUCUUUACUUGAAAGAAGUAGAAACCAUUGAAUUAAGUUAGAUUGAAUGGUAGUCUGAAGAAUUUAAUAUUUAUGUUCUGAAAAAAACGAGAGAAAUAAAUGCAAUAUACAUGAAAGAGAACUAAAAAUUAGAAAUUAAUUUGAAGAUACCUUUAGAAUAUCCUAUAAAACACAUUUAAACAGAAGUUAAAAGAGGCAUGAAAGUUAAUUUGCAAAAAACUAAUAAAUGGAUGUUAAUGAUGAAGUCAUUACUAUUUAAUUAGAACAAUACAAUUAAAAAUGCUCUUUUAAUGUGGAAAGAUAAUUUAGAUAAAGAGUUAGAAGGACUUGAAGAAUGCGCUAUUUGCUACUACGUCAUUAACUCUACUUCAGGUGAAUUACCUAAAUUGCCUUGUAAAACUUGUAAGAAGAAAUUCCACUCUUCCUGUAUCCACAAGUGGUUUAAGAGUUCUAAUAAGAGUGAAUGUCCUCUAUGCAAAUCUCAAUUUUUGUGA